AUGCCUCACGAUGAAGCGAAGAAAGUGGAGAAGAAGGUGGCAGUGUUGCCCGUGGGCCAGCACGGCGGUCUAAUCUGCGCCGACGCGAACGCAGAGGCGAGCAUCCGGGGAGGCGCCAGAGCCGGCGCCAGUUUGGCUCUCUUCGACUCGAGCAACCAUCACAAGGCGAGCGACACCUCGAGCCGAUACGCGGUCGGGAGCCUCGGAGCCAGUGGAGACGUCUCGGCGAGCGGACUGGACGUCGGAAUCGAUGCGGACGUGCUGCGCGCCUCCUACGAGACCGAACAUCACAAGAUCGGCGGCGGAUUGAGUCUGGACACGGGCCUGAAAUUGCAUGCGGACGGCGCUCGUGCUCAUGUGCUCGGAUUUGGAUUCCAUGGGAACGGCAAUGGAGUUGGUGUCAAGACGCCUUUCUUCGACUAUUCAUACAAGUUCUAA